AUGGCCUCUACUAGCCUCCGGCGGCGCCGCCUCUGCGUGUGGGCCCUGGCACUGCUCGUCCUCGACGCCAUGGCUUCCGGCGGUGAGGCCCGUGCGCUCUCUCCGACGGAGGAGAAGUCGAUGAUGGACCUCCACGAGCAGUGGAUGGUGCAACACGGGCGCACCUACAGAGACGAGAGUGAGAGACGGCGUCGCCUCACCAUAUUCGAGAGCAACGUAAAGUACGUGGAGUCUUUCAACAGGGAAGGUGGCCGGAAGUACGAGCUCGAAGUCAACGCGUUUGCAGAUCUCACGGAGGAGGAGUUUCAGGCUGGUUAUCUCGGCUUCAGGCCGGCCACACGGUCGACGACGACAACGACGAGCGGCAACCGGUGGCCGUUCACCUACGGCAACCUCUCCUACGAAAGCUUACCGUCGGCGGUGGACUGGAGAGAGGCAGGCGCAGUGACUGCUGUCAAGAACCAAGGCCACUGCGGUAAUGGCAGAUUGAUCUUUGUGAUCUCUCUCUCUCUCUCUCUCUACUUUCUCUCUACUCUACUCUCUCUCGUUUUCACCAUCUGAUGGGGAUGUGUGAUGCAGGCGCCUGCUGGGCCUUCUCGGCUACGGCGGCAGUGGAGGGGGCGUGGAAGAUCGCAAGGGGGGAACUGGUCUCCCUGUCGGAGCAGGAGCUCAUCGACUGCGACACGGGCAACGGCAACGAGGGCUGCGUAGGCGGCUACCCAACGCAUGCCUUCGAGUUCAUCGCCGACCACGGCGGCAUCGCCGGCGAGGCCGCCUACCCGUACUCCGGCAACCCCACCGGUGCCUGCCGCGUCGGCGGCGCCUCCUCGUCCUCAGCUCCUCGCCCCGCGGCGACCAUCACCUCCUACGCCGCCGUGCCGUCGGAGGACGAGCGCUCCCUGCUGAAGGCCGUCUCACGGCAGCCAGUCUCGGUGGCCAUCGACUCCCACACCUUGCGAUUCUACGCCGGCGGCGUCUUCACGGGGCCCUGCGGCACCAACCUGAACCACGCCGUCACCAUCGUCGGCUACGGGACGACCCCCGACGGGACCAACUACUGGCUGGCCAAGAACUCUUGGGGGAGCGCAUGGGGAGAAGCCGGCUACGUGAGGUUGCAGAGGGACGUGCCGGACAAGAAGGGCCUGUGUGGGCUCACAGUGGACGCAUCCUACCCCAUACCCUGA